UCACAUCGAAUUUAGCAACUGAAUGUAUUGUUGUGAUAUCUUAUCAGUGAUAAUCGCAAAUUCUUGGAUUUAGGGAAUCAAACAGCGGCCAAGCCUUAAUUAUUACUAAACUAUAGCAGUUGAGUAUCACCGCAUCAUGGCAUCCGCCUCGAGCAGCAGCGCUAAAAAUCUUUUCAGCGACUCGAAACGGCGACUGGCAGAAAGGGUUGCUGUGAAUGUAAACAACGCCUCCUCCGUCGCUAGACAGAUUGUACGUGGUUCAAAGUCGAACGAAAUUCUCAUGCAAGCGGCCAAAAACUUUGCCUAUCACGAAAGCACUGCCGACAACAGUAUCCAGAAUUUGAAGAAAAUGGAAAUAAUCUUUCAACAUUUGAACUAUCAGUAUGAGGCGAUUCAUCAGGCUGCCGAGAAGCUGGAAUACGUGGAGGAGCAGGUCAACGCAAUGGAAAGAUGAUACAAAAACAUCUCCAACGGUGAUCAGCCUCCCAGCUAUUACUGAUUGAUGAUGACUGUUUUGAUGAUUGCUUCUGUAAACAAAGCAUACCUAGCGCCCCCGAGUGGCGAGCACUCGGAACAUGUGACAGCACUGUUGUCAUUGGGAACGAACUGUCCAAAAUUUCCGCCAAAAGUGCCGACUUUUGUUUACGCUAUCAGAUAAGUGGUGUUCGCUUGCAUUGAUGUUCUUUCA